CACAUCUUCUAACAAGGAAGGCAAAAUGUUGCGUAAAAAGUCUAGGUAUUGCAUCCCGUCCAAUCGAUUUGGGAGAAUAAAUGGUCCAAUGAGCAUACAGUUCACCAUGCCAACCCAAACAUUCACCGAAAAUGUUUGUUGAAAAUGUGCCCGACGGACAGCGUGCGGAUUUUCUACUGACCAAACAUGAGUGUUGCGAAAGUUAUUCACCCCAUUACGCGUGAACGUAGAUUCGUCUG